AGGGAAACAACUCUGGAAAAAAACCCAACUUAAUUUCUUCGCUUCUAAAAAAUAGCCUACUAUCACUAUCAGAUCUUCUUGUGUUUACAGUUUAGUUGGGACUCCGACGUUUUGUAAACAAUAUUAUUAAUUACUUCAUCAGCAAACGAAAGCAGUGUUUUUAACAAUUCUAUACCAAGCAAAUCACUUUAAAUGAGUGUACUCUUUUGUACACAGUUUGAUGUUGGCCAGCAUUCUUUUCUUUCCUAAUAAGUAUUAGUAUUAGAUCUAGAUAUAGAUCUAGUCUUGUCUUUGACGACGUACUGUUGGUAGAUUCAACCUCAGACAGAGCCACCGAUCUGCCCAAGUGCCCGGCCCCAAGUCACAAGAAGCCAGUCAUGGUAGCAGUUGUGAUUCGUCAACCGCACCUAAAAGACUCAUGAAAAGAUGGAAAUGGUUGCUUUCAAGGACUAGGAACCUACCAAGCCUUAGAGAAUGGGGUCACCAACUGAUCAGUUUUCAGAAUGGCUUGAUCAAGUCACAGCGGUGUACAGCACACUGAGAGACUCAGAAAGAAACUGUGUUCUUGAGACUCUUAUUUCAUCAUCUGGGCCUCAGCAAAUGUUCAUGCUAAGCAGGAAACUUCCAGAUGUCCUGUUUAGAGAUUUUGUGAGCUGUCUGCCCCCAGAAGUGGUUACCAUUAUUUUGCGAUAUCUGGAUGGAGAACAACUUCUCUUAUGUUGUCUGGUCAGCAAAUCUUGGAAUGAACGGAUUAGUAACUUGAUGCCUGUGUGGGACCGAGUGGCUAAAAAUUGUGGCGUGCGUGUUCCCAUUAUUGACAGUGUUUUGGGAGAGCAAAACCCUGAUGGUGUUGAAGAACUCCCCCGUUUGACUGCACCUGUAUGCAAAGCUUUGUUCUGUCAUGCCAAACAGAUUCUGAAGGGAUUCAACGAAGGGUCUACCAUUUGUAUUGAAGAAGAGUUCAUUGACAAAGGAGCAUGGCGGGUCACGUCCGUCAGAUAUCACAGAGGAAAUGUUGUGACUGGUUGUGAUGACCACACAGUGCAAGUGUGGUCAGUACCGGAGGGGCGUGUCCUGAGCACCGUGUCCACUCACUCUGUAUGUUGCCUCACCAUCACUGACAACCAUCUGUACACUGCCUCGUUCAACGCCAAUGCUGAGUGCUGGGAUCUGACUACGGGGUUCCAUUCCAGAACCUUCUGUGGUCAUACAUCAGCAGUUCUCGCCAUUGAUGUCACUGAUGAUGAACAUUUUCUUCUCACGGGCUCUGUUGAUAAAACGGCUAAACUUUGGGACCUCACCAAAUCAGACACUGAACAGCUAAUAGUAACUUUUGAUGAUGCCCAUGAUGACUGGGUUUUUCAGGUGAAGUUUCUUCCAAAAGAAAGUGAUGACCUGCAGUUUAUAACCUGUGACUCCAAUGUGUGCUGUCUGUGGCGCACAAAUGCGGAUGGUCGAGUUUUGUCGUCCAAUCAUGUGACAGCGGACAACACAGCCAAGUUUACCUCCUUUUAUCACAUGCUGGAAAACCCACGCCAUGUAUAUGCCUGCCAGUGGACAGAGGCUAAUAAGUCAUCGGCAUUGUGUGAAUAUGAAGUGGUCCCAAAAGUGACAAAAAUACAAAAAGUGAUGUCUUUCAUGAUAAAUCUGGACAAUAUUAAAGCAUUUCUUCUGGGAGCAGGUUCUAGAUUUGCUGUCAUCAUGUGUUCUAUAUCCAGAAAGGAUUUCCAUAUUCUUGACAUUCCAAAGCAAACUGUGGUAGCUACGAUUGCAACUCCAGAUUUUUAUGUUUUGACGCGGAACGGCUCCACUGUCACGUUGUGUGACACCAGCUGGCUUAAUGGCUUCCAGUUUUCCAAGAUGAAGGCAGACACUCCAGUGUUUGCAGCAGGUAUUGCACUCAACAAAGUGAUGCUUGGAACUUGGGCUAAGUUUGUCUCUAAAUUUUACUUAUGUUGAAUUAUUACCUUUUAGUUUUGGCUCAAGUUAAGUUUGAGGGGUUUCUUUUAUUGUACACUCUUCUCUUUUUGGUUAAGGGUAUAAAAAGUGGGUGAGAUGUGGUGCUAUAAGGUAAUGUAGAGUAUUGGGACAUACACCAGGCUUUUGAAUCCAAAAUGUCAAAGCAGAAAAGAGUUUUUUUAUCUCUACAAAAGAACUACGGGUCGAUUGGUAUAGCUCGAGUGCCUUAAAAAAUCUCUACCGCCCUCUUACAAGUAACCUCAAAUCCAUCGAAUUUGUACAGCCCCAACUUAGAAGAAGUUAGAUCAUAUCCAGGGCUUAAAAACAGCAAGGUCAGAUAACAAAGUUCAUUUUAAAAUAAAGCAUUUAUUUGAAUGUCUGUACAAAAACAUUAGGUUGUACGUGGUGAUGGACCUGACUGAUAAUGCUCCAGAAUGCUUGCAUAAUAUGAUUUUUCUUUUAUCUUGUCUAUUUUGCCUCUUUUUUUUUUAACUUCUUCAAUCAGACUCACUUUGACUUUAGAUUCAAAGGGGGAGUCAACUAAUUGUGCAUAAUGUCAUGACAAACCGGUGAAACAAGACUAAAGCGGAAACUACUACUUAGUAACACGUAUUUGCUGUCUUAAGCAAUGUUUGGAACAUAUUUGUCUUUUCUAAUUUUCUUAAAAUGUUUAGUGUCUACCUAGAGCCAUGAACUUUGGGUUUCAUUUAGUCUUUGGGCACCAUAGUGAGACAGUUGAUGAAACUGAUUCUAAAAUUAGAAUGAACAGAUUUGUUUGUUUAGGCAAAGCAAGUGUUUUACAAAACCUAGAAGUGGUAGAGAUCAGAUCUUCUUUCCUUUAACACCCCCUCUGAUUGCACAGUUGAUGCCUCAUAUUUGGCAUAGGUUUUGUGUGGGAUGAAUACACCUGUUAAGUCAGAAGUCGCACAAGAGACCAUAAAAGCCGAAGUAUACUUCAGUGAGGGCUUCUUUUAAGACAAGCUGUAGUAAUAUUGGUUGCUUGUUUUUAGCGUUACUACUGUUACUUGACAAAAGGUGUAUUGUUGGUGUUUGUGAACAAAAACACUCUGGAGUUCCUUCUCCUUUAUUUGAGUUAUGUUUAAUCAUGUGCUGCUGGAUGCGACGUUUACCAUGUUGUGUUUUUGAUAGCCUUCAGUUGAAGCGCAAAAGCUUGAUAAGCUUUUAUGCUGCUUGAUCAGUAUUAACAACAUUACUUUUUCGCAAAGUCCUGCUGAUGAAAGUAAAUUCACAUCUUUAUUUAUAAACAAAGAUUAAGAGAGAACAGUAUAUGUCGUGGGAUUAUGAGGACAUUGCACAAAACUAAUUUGGUUUUGCUUUGAAUACGGUACCUUUAACAGUGUAUGAUACAUUCAUGUAUUCUGUUUAGAAGUUCAGGAUAAGCUGUUGAUUUGUCCUUUUUGUUCCUCUGAAAGAUGUCAGCAGGGUGUCUCUGAGAAGAGAAUGUCGCGUCGAAUUCGAAUCUAGUUUUGUUUUCAUUUUCUUCCAAUACUCACUUGACCAAUUAGCAGAAACUUUAUGUCAACAUCGUCCACCAUUAGAGACUUCCUAUCAAGUGAGGGAAAACAGUAUGCCAUGGACUAUUUGUGACUUCAGUAUGAAAUCUAAACUUGAAGCUUUGUUUUACCGUCACUCAUGCACUACUGCUUCAGUAUUGUGUGAAUCCGAGAGGGAUUUAUGAUUUAACUGUGUGAUGUUGUUACGUGUAUCAGUAUCAUUUAAUGAUAUGUGAGGUAUCAUGGUGGAAUCAGGUACUUGUCAAAAUAAUGAAUUUUUAAAGAAACUGGCAUUUUUCUGGCUGUUG